AUGCUUUCGAUCUUCGCUCAGACCACCCAGACCUCCGCCUCGGAGCCUCAGCAGUCGCCCACUGCCCCGCAGGGUCGUGACAACGGUUCUCCCAUCGGCUACUCCAGCUGUGUUGUUGCCUAG